AUGAGUUUCGAGUGCGAAGUGUGCGGCAAAGGAUUGCCUUCCAGGCGAGAAUACGUCGGCCACAUGAAUGGGCGGCACCUGGGGAAGAAACCUUUCGCCUGCGAGCUCUGCGGCCGGCAAUUCGCCUACAUUACGAGCCUUCCGAUGCACAGGAAGACGUGC